CGCCGCGUAGGAAACCCCGUGCAGGCUUUCUGAGGGGACCCAAGAUGGCCGAACACUUACAGUAGGGCUAAUAAUUACUCUCGUCAAGACGUCGCGGUUCGAUGGUGCUCGACGGGUUGCAAAGGACAUUUAUUGUUCAGGAAAGUUUGACGACCUUGCCUGUCCGACUGGUUCCAUCUCCGCAUGUCCGUCUGCGUUUGAGGAGAGAGGCUGGUCCUUCCACGGCCCUCAGCCAGAACAUGGCGGAACUCUUGGCCAAAAUAUAAACGUUAGCCUGCCGCUAGGCUGCAAGCUGGCUUAUAAUGAAAAACAUCGCAGUGUGCGUGUAUGUAUGGCUUUGUUCACAUUUUCAUAAACAGGGCGUGUUUAUAAUGGGGCAGUAAAGGUACCGGUACUACGUUUUCCCCUCCUAUACAUGGUUGGACCUGAACUGUAGUCAGAAUGUUUGAGGCGAGCAGAUAGCCCGCUAGCUAACCAGCUAGCUAGCAGUAGUCGGCUCAAUUGGUCGUUGCAGGGCGCCCGAAAAAAAAUCCCUUUUCGUCAAAGCUGCACGCUUCCGAUACAGUAUUCGCAUUCGUUCGGAUAUCCACAGUUUUUGCAGAUAGUCUAAUAGCAGCAGUAAGCAUCUCAGCGAUACUGAAGGUGACCAUGGCUAUGGACGGUGUCAACAGAGAGCUAGCUGGCUAACGCUAGACUGGUCGGAGGAGCAUCGCGUUAGCUCGACGAACAGGCAGCACCGUAAAUGUCACAUUUCAGCGGAGAAGCAGACUAGAAGCGGACGAGUCAGACUGUGAGGGAACCUCGCAGGAGGAGUGAGACAUUUGACAAUAAAGUUAACGAGGGCAAACCCCAUCAACCCGAUCCCUCUUACUCCCUCCGGUAUAAAGAGCUACUCGCAAGAAUGACUGACACUCGGCGACGAGUGAAGGUCUACACUCUGAAUGAAGACCGACAGUGGGAUGACCGAGGGACAGGGCAUGUGUCGUCCGGCUACGUGGAGAGACUCAAAGGCAUGUCGCUGUUGGUGCGCGCUGAAAGCGACGGAUCUCUUUUGCUGGAGUCAAAAAUCAACCCUAACACAGCCUAUCAAAAACAGCAGGACACAUUGAUUGUCUGGUCUGAAGCAGAAAACUAUGAUCUGGCCCUUAGUUUUCAGGAGAAGGCUGGUUGUGAUGAGAUCUGGGAGAAAAUAUGUCAGGUUCAGGGUAAGGACCCCUCAGUGGACAUUACCCAGGAGCUCAUCGACGAAUCGGAGGAGGAGCGUUUUGAGGACAUGUCCUCUCCUGGACUGGAGCUGCCUCCUUGCGAGCUCUCCCGUCUGGAGGAGGUAGCUGAGCUUGUGGCCUCAUCACUGCCCUCACCUCUGCGGCGCGAAAAGCUGGCGCUAGCGCUGGAGAAUGAGGGCUACAUUCGCAAGCUGCUGGAGCUAUUCCGUGUGUGUGAGGAUUUGGAAAACCGCGAGGGCCUGCACCAUCUUUACGACAUAAUCAAAGGCAUUUUCCUGCUCAAUCGCACGGCGCUCUUUGAGGUCAUGUUCUCUGAGGAGUGCAUCAUGGACGUGAUAGGCUGCCUAGAGUUUGAUCCUGCUUUGCCUCAGCCUCGACGUCACCGUGAAUUUCUGACCACCACGGCCAGGUUUAAAGAGGUCAUCCCAAUCACGGACCCUGAGCUGCGUCAGAAGAUUCACCAGACGUACCGGGUCCAGUACAUCCAGGACAUGGUGCUACCUACACCCUCCGUGUUUGAGGAGAACAUGCUUUCCACCUUGCACUCGUUCAUCUUCUUUAACAAGGUGGAAAUAGUUGGCAUGCUCCAGGAUGAUGAGAAGUUUCUAACUGAGCUCUUUGCACAGCUAACUGAUGAAGCCACAGAUGACGAUAAACGGCACGAAUUGGUAAAUUUCCUGAAGGAGUUUUGUGCGUUCUCUCAGACUUUACAACCACAAAACAGAGAUGCUUUUUUUAAAACGCUCUCAAACAUGGGAAUCCUACCAGCACUGGAAGUUAUCCUGGGAAUGGAUGACGUGCAGGUGCGGGGAGCGGCCACAGAUAUUUUCUCUUACCUGGUAGAAUACAACCCUUCUAUGGUGCGCGAGUUUGUCAUGCAGGAGUCCCAGCAGAACGAUGACGAUAUCUUGUUGAUUAAUCUGAUCAUCGAACACAUGAUCUGUGAUACAGACCCUGAGCUUGGGGGAGCUGUGCAGCUAAUGGGGCUACUGAGGACCCUGGUAGACCCUGAAAACAUGCUGGCACCUGCUAAUAAGACAGAAAAGACAGAAUUUUUAAGUUUCUUCUAUAAGCAUUGCAUGCAUGUGCUCACUGCUCCACUACUGGCCAACACCACUGAGGAGAAGCCCAGCAAAGAUGACUUCCAGACAUGCCAGCUGCUGGCACUGAUUGUGGAGCUCCUCACCUUCUGUGUGGAACAUCACACGUAUCACAUAAAAAACUACAUCAUCAACAAAGACAUCCUGCGCAGAGUGCUGGUGCUCACUGCAUCCCAGCACGCUUUCCUAGCCCUGUGUUCUUUGCGUUUCAUGAGGAAAAUCGUAGGACUGAAGGAUGAAUUCUACAAUCGUUACAUCAUGAGGAACUUUCUGUUUGAGCCGGUGGUCAAAGCCUUCCUCAACAAUGGCUCCCGAUACAACCUCAUCAACUCAGCCAUCAUAGAGAUGUUUGAAUAUGUCCGUGUGGAGGAUGUGAAGUCCCUGACAGCCCAUAUCAUAGAGAACUACUGGAAGGCCCUGGAGGAUGUCGACUAUGUACAGACAUUUAAGGGCCUCAAGCUCCGUUAUGAGCAGCAGAGGGAAAGGCAGGACAACCCUAAGCUUGACAGCAUGCGGUCGAUUCUGAGGAACCAUCGAUUCCGGCGGGAUGCACGGACGUUAGAGGAUGAGGAGGAGAUGUGGUUUAACACAGAUGAAGAUGACCUGGAGGAUGGUGAGGCGGUGGUGCCCCCCUCAGACAAGAUGAAGAAUGAUGAGGACCUAAUGGAUCCCAUCAGCAAGUUCAUGGAAAGAAAGAAAUUGAAAGAGACAGAGGAGAAAGAGGUUUUGUCGGGGAAGUCUAGCCUGUCUGGACGACAGAGCCCCAGUUUUAAGCUGUCUUUCACCAGCUCGCCCAAGCCCAGUCUGUCGUCGCCCCCUUCAGCCUCACUGCACCCUGGCUCACCAGGAUCUCCCGGAUCCCCAGGCUCAGGGACCAGGAACUCGCCACCGACGGCAGCUGUCACCACUAAGACUGGGUUGGUGGGGCUGGUGGACUAUCCGGAUGACGAUGAGGAUGACGAGGAAGAGGAAGAUUCAGACAGUAAAGAGGGGAGUCCUCCACUGUCCAAGAAAUCGAAGCUGAGCUCUUAAAACACUCCCUGCUCAAUCGCCAUGGUAAAGCUCGGAUGGGAGCCUUAUCCACAGACUUAUUUCAGUGCUCAGCCUAGAACUCAAAACUGAAACAAUAUGAAUGAAAAAACGAAUGAAUGGAUAAAAGAACGUAUGCCGGCCCCUACCCCCACCCGCAGGAGUCCAAGGGGUGCCACGCAAAGAAUGGAGAAAGGGAGAGCAAGAGAGAGGGAAGAAUCGGUCUUGGAACGAAAAAGGUGAAUGUCUCUAUGCGGAGAGUUCAAGUGCCAACCGGAGACAGAAGCUGAGAGAAAACUUGAAGCGGAACGAGAGCGAAGACAAGGAGAUAAAACUGUGGUUUUGGACAAAUUAUUAAAAGGAUUUAAUAAAAAAAUAAUAAUUUCAACAAAGCUAAAAGUACUGGGGGGUAAACGACCUCACAUACAUACACAAACACACACGCACGCACACUCACUUACUGAGACUGGUGCCCGCACACAGCGUCCCAGACUCGGACCAGGACACACUGCCCCCCGUCUCAGGGAAGGACGUCACAUGGCCCGAACAGGCCAGCCAAUCCUGAACCACCACUCACCUUCGCUGACUCCAUCUCCAUUUCUUUCUUUCUCUCCUUCCUCUACCCCUUUUUCUGCCCCCCUCCCACUUUUUUCCUUCGUUCGUUCUUUCUUUUUUCUUUUGAUGUUUGUUUCUGGAGCCUGACAGGAGACUAGGGGGGCAGUCUGGGUUGUCGUUGUUGAUGAUGUCAUCGUUGUCCUCGUGGCUCAGCGGAAGUUCUUCCUCUUUCAAAGCCAGCGGUUUCC